GGCAACAUGGCGGCAGUCUCAGGGGUCUACACGGUUUUCAGUGACGGUUAAAGAUCAGAUUUAUUGACCCUCCAUGCGUUUAUCAUCCGCUCAAAAAUGGAAAUGAAAGCCUUCGUGGAAAAAUGCAGGGAUGAAGGACAUUUUACUGAGAUUUUCAACAGUGGAAAUCACGUAGAGUUCGUCUCUUCCGGUGGGGCAAAGGACACAAACGUGGCAAUUUUAUUGUCGCACGAUUACGACAGGAAGCCAUGUAAUGAACAGUUUGAAUCUGAGAUAGAAAAGACAUGGGCGUUACGUAGAGAAAAAAAUCCAUUCCUUUUCAACGGAUCGAAGUUUCGUCUUUUUGGCGUAGGCCACGAGGAUGGGAAACCAGUGACUUUGCUUUUAGGACAAACGUGUUAUAGAGAUUAUGUUUGCACAAAUAUGAACAACAGUCAAAGGAUAUUUUUGAAUGAAUUUGGGAAAUCGGAAUAUGCCAACGAACAUGCUUGUUUUUCUGAUGCGUUAGGAGUUGGAUCUGUUGUCGAAACAAGUGACAGUAAGUUAGUUUUUAUCAGAAGAAGUCAUCAAGUUUAUGAAGACCCUGGGCGCUUGGACACACCAGGAGGACAUGCAGAACCAAGUGUAUGUAGGGACGAGGGGGGUGGGGUAUUUUGCAGAUUGCCCAAUGGCCACCAAACUUCUCAUGACUUUGUAGUUAAGUGAUAAUGGUUAAGAAACUUAGCGAGUCAAGUUUCGGGUCAUUUUGCCCAGUAUAAUGACCCUAAAUGGAACUUGAUUCACUCAGUUUCCUAACCCUAAUCAUUAAACUUCAGAGUCAUUUGGCAUUCAGCAGCCAUUUGGUGUUCUGCAAAAUACGCCUACUGGGAAAAGGGCAGAGGAUAGAUGGGUAGAUUUCCUCAUGCCUAUAUUCAUGCCAUUUUGUCCACAUGGAAAUGCAGACGAUACAAGCAUGAACAUUAGGACAUGUUUCAUCAACAAAAACACUUUGUAUUUCCCAUGAGGUGGCAAUGAAGACAAGCCAAGAGGUGAAAAUGUUUGGGGUUGUUCUUGUCACCAUGUUGGUCUGCCUUACCUGUGUGACAUGAAGUCCAGUUGCUGAGACUAGUCUUUGAGGGAAGGGGACUCUUGUUCAUUAAGAAAUUGUGAUGAGAAGGGCUCAAGGGGAUGGGUUUUUUACUUUUUUGCCUCCCCUAGACUAUCCUCAAAGAUCCACAGCAUUCAGUUGGGAGAAAAGGCACAGCAAGCAUUUUCCAGCAUGCUGACAGUCCCUGGGUCUCUGAGGAUGCCCCUGGACCUUUCACUAAUAUCACAUGCAUAGGGUCACGCAUAAAUUAUAUAUUGAAACACCCAUUGCACUUGUCAUCACAGAACCUGUCAGCCUAUCCUAAUUCCGCCAAUCUUUUUUCAGGAAGUUAAACUUCAAAACAGCAAGUUUGACAAGAACAGAUCAGUUGAUUUAGAUGACAUGGAUGAAAAAGCAGUUGUAUAUGAGUUGUUUCACUCCAUUGUGAGAGAAGUUAGAGAUGAAGUAAGUGCAGUGUGCAUCAGAUUGCUUGUGACUGUAAGUUGAUCUAUGGUCACAUCUUUGUUGAAAGUUUGUUUUUCUGUUUGGGCAAGCCAAAUUUGAAAUGUCAUUUUGUGUCUUUUCAAAGAUUUACUACCGUUUUAUUAGAUAGCAACUACUGCUACACCAUAAAAUUCUGAAAAUAAGCCCCAGAAAAUGUAUUUUUCAAAGGUUUUUUUUGUUGGACUUACAUGUAGAGGGGUAUAUACAAAGGGGCUUCUUAUGAGAGGGCAAUUUGCAUGCCAAAAUACGAUCAGUGUUAUUAAUUUGAAGGGAAAAUUGUGUCAGCAAGUUUAUAAUGUUUAAAUCAUGAUAUUACUGGGCUAAUGACAAUUUUUUGUGACAUUAUAAUCCUAUGAAGCUGCCAACUUCAAACACCACAGCAAAUAACUUUACACUUUGCUAAAAAUGGUGUUUAGCAUGGUUUAUACUGAAGCUCAUUACUUUUUAUAAAAAAGCACAACAUUCAUGGAGAAUCUGAUCUAACUGUAAAAAAUUCAUGAAAAUGUUGGCUUGCUUGGUACACUUCCAUUACAGUAUGGUCUAUUUUAUGUUAAUUUUGAGGACAAUAAGAAAAAGUGCGUAAACAUUUGCUUAUUAUUGAUAAGCAAAUUAUGCCCUUUUUUCAGGAAACCCUUCAAUUACUCCCAAAUACAAGACCUGUGGGAGGUUCUUUUUGAAGCAGCCUAGGUUCAGCAUUUUAACUGGUGCUCUUGUGGUUCUUAUUAUUUGCCUUUCAAUGGUUUGCUUCAGUAUUCAUACUAAGACUCCUUUGAGAUGCCAAUGGUUAUGUGUAAAGUAAAUUAAGUAACUUUAAAGUCCAUAAAUGGAUUUAUGUGGUAUCUAAUUUCUUCCAUGUCAUGUCUCAGUGCUUCAGUGUAAUAAAUUUAUAAUAAUGAAGCUAUCUCUGUACUUGCAAUAAUACUGUAUUUAAAAAAAUUAUUGUAUUUCCUUCCCUUUAACUUUUUAAACUUGGCCCGUGUAGAUUAGGAACUGCUAUGUGUGGGCCAGUCUAUUGUAAAAUGUUUAUUUUUGAGUAAAGAUGAAGUUGAUAUUUGCAUAUUUUAGGUAAAUAUCCCAGAAAAAUAUCUUGACUGGCCACUGCUAAUAGGUAUACACAGGAAUCAUAUGACUGCAAAUAAACCAGGAGCAUGCUUCAAAAUCAGGUACAGGGUUGAAAUGUGAUUCUAAAUAAAUAUUAGCAACAAUAUUAUCUAGUUUAUCUGUAGUCAUGGGCAUGGGGGACUAUAAUAGGUAUGAACCACAGGAUAUGGUAGGCUUUUUGAGGUGCUUAAUCCUUAAAAUAUAUGUAGAGGGUAAGUAUCCUUCUUGGUGUUGAUGAGUUGUGGUCCUUUGAUAGGGUACCUAAAAGCACAGAGGCUGAGCCACUGUAAAGAACAUAUUAAAACCUGCUUGACAUGCAAGGAAAAUGAUUCAACUACAAAAGAUUUACUCUAAAAUCCUAUUUUCUGUCAAUUCCCAUGUGAAGAGCACAAAAAAAACACUUGUUUAAGGUCCAUUUUGCAUUAUCAGUUUUCCCUUAUGUAGGGUUUCAUUUUUAACUUGUGGAUUAAACGUAGCGUAAGGAACGAAUUGUUAUGGGCAUUGUGAUAUGCAAAUGUGUAGCUCAGGUGUGGACACUUUGUUAGUAAUUAGUCGGCUCACACAAAAGUGUCCAAUAUCAAAACGACAAUUGUCACAGAUCGAACAUUCCCAAACGUCCCCAUGAUAAAGAAGUGCUGAGUGUGCACUGUGCCCAGAGCCUUCGAUGUUAUGAUUUUGUAGCUUCCAUAGGAUGAUGUUGUCUUCAUGUGGACUUUGAAUGUUUCAAAUUAGCACUAUAGCCAACUUUGAGACAGAAGUUAGUGAACUUUUGAAGCUUUUUGACUUGUCCAGGUGAUAAACAUGAUGAAGAGAUUAGCAAUAAAGUGGUCCAAGCUCAUGAUUUUUUAACUUAUCUCACGGCCUUACUACAAAUCUCACUGCUUUUUGGGAACAUUCUAAAAUGAAAUGUUUCUUUGUUGCUGAAUCGUAAUUGAUUCUUCUCAUGUUAAUGCAGUACAAUGCCGCUAGCAAGAGACUUUGCGAUAGUUUUGCUUUGUAAGCCAUUUCAAAUGCGAUGAAAUGAGUUCAAGUACAGCUUUUACCGUCAAAACCCUGCUUAUUUUCCUCAUAUAUAUCUUUGAAUUCUUCAUAAAUAAAGCUCUACUAGAUUUAAACAGCAUCUACCUGCAGUUAAAGAUAAUUAAUUUGACACAAAUGUUCAACGCUUGAUGCUGUGGCACAAUAGAAUCUAGGUCAUAGCAAUAUCUGAUAUUGCUAUGACCUCACAUGUUAAUUGUCUAGGUCUUGACUCCCACUGGAGGAAACUUUUUUUUUCUUUUUCUUUUUGGUCGUUUUGGUUUUGUUUUCUUAGUUUAGUUUAGUUUAGUUUUUUUUUACAUAUUUUCAUUUUUUGAUAGACUUAAAUAACAUGGGUAGACUAACUACAAGUUCAUUAUUGGCUUUCAUUUUUAAAAAUGAUUAAUCCGUGAGUUAGCCAUAGGCAUCCUUUGAUUUGUUUCUGGGCAUUACUAGGUUUUCAAUUGAAUUUCAAAUUUAUUCUCUUUUAAUUUAUUGAUACAAGCUAGGUUUAAGAACUUUGAGGCACACACCUAUCCAAAAUUUACCAGGUGCACCCCUGUUCUGUGCCUGUGCUACAUGUAUUAAUGAUAUAGUAGCCCACCUUUCUAUUUUUGGUACUGAGCUUGAAUUAGCUUGCAGCAGCGGCCUUUGCUGGGGAAAUAAAAUACCUUCUAUAAGUGACCACCAAAUACUGCGAGGUCACUUACAGGUUCUCUACAUAGCUGGGUUAUAUAAGCUACCAUCAUUCAAAGUGGGUGUGGCCCAUGUGUAACUGUCUGGUUUUUCUUAAGGUGCUCCUUAAGUGGUGAGGAAAUCAAACAGCUGUACAACAAGGGAGGCCCAGAAGCUUAUGAGUCCUCGGAGUUACUACUGGUUGAUUUAGUGGUAAGCCUCCAUUAAAGACUCUUUGCAUUUGUAAUCUACAGAGAAUCUUUAAAAAAGAUGUGUUUUUCCUCACAUUUCGAGAUUUGGGUAAUUUGUUGCAUUUUCAUAAAUGUUAAUGUGGCAUUUUGUUGCAUAUCUCUUUCUACAGGAAUUCCAAAAGGGUAUGUCAUCUAGUCAGGUCCAGGAACUGUUUAGAGAUCUGACGCCAGGAUGUAAAGCAUGCCUCUACUUUUACUUCAACUUGCAGACCAACACCUGUGUGUAACACUGGCCAACUUAUUUUGUCAAAU